AUGCAACGAGGAAGCAGUGUGCAGAAUUUUUCUCGUGAGGAUGGGUCUCUGGCGUGUCCACCUCACUUGGCUCCUCAUGGACCCCCACCCUCGAUCCACGCGCUAACCGAGUUUUUCGACCUUUGUUCCCAGCCAACCCAGAAGUUGAAGCCUGAUAAAAAACGCAUGUACAUGGGGCUCUGGUUUGAUCGCUGGAGGCAACAAGUUGGGCCCGAUCUGUAUCCAGUCCUUCGUCUGCUUUUGCCUCAUAAAGACAGGGAAAGAGCCACAUAUGGCUACAAGGAGGUGACUUUGGCGAAAGCAUUCAUCCAGGCAUUCGGAAUGAGCGAGAAAUCUAAGGAUGCUCAGUCACUGAUUAAUUGGAAGAAACCGGACCCCGACCCGCAUGCAUACGCGACAGGAGAUUUCCCGAGUGUUCUGUAUCAAACUAUCGCCACACGAUCUUCAGUCAUUACUGGAACAAUGACGAUAGGGGAUCUUAAUGACCUGCUGGAUGAGCUUAGCCAGGGGUUCCGUCCAAGUGGUAAAGAUGCCGAACGAAGGUCAGCUGCUCUCCGCGUUGUUGGGAAUAAGUGUACUGCGAACGAGAUUCGCUGGAUAGUCCGAAUCAUACUCAAAGAUUUAGGCAUCGGCGUGAAAGAGACCACCGUGUUUUCUGUGUUCCACCCCGAUGCAAUCGAUCUUUUCAACACUUGCUCUGACCUGAAGAAAGUUUCCUGGGACCUCGCUGAUCCCAACUACCGCCUGCAUGAGGAGGAAAAGGCCGUUCGCCUUUUCAAGCCAUUUCAGCCGAUGCUUUGUGGCAGGACGAAGACUCUUCGGGACGCAGUAAAGCUAGUCACUAUGAAUGAUGGUCCUGACGAUUCAAAUCCCAGCAACGAAGGAAGGAAUACGAGGCCCAGCGCCGAGGGCUUCUUCAUGGAAGAGAAAUUGGAUGGAGAAAGGUUGCAGCUCCACAAGCGUGGAAAUGAAUUCUUUUACUGUUCAAGAAAAGGGAAAGAUUACACAUAUCUAUAUGGCGGAAACAGAAGUGAAGGAUCAUUGACACCAUUUAUUGUUGAUGCGUUUCAUUCCAAAGUAAAGGACGUCAUCCUUGAUGGGGAGAUGUUGGUAUGGGAUCCAAGCAUCGAGAAGUACCUUCCGUUCGGCAAGCUUAAGACGUCGGCACUUGAUAAAUCAAAUGAUCCCGACAAGCCUCGACCAUGUUUCAAGAUUUUUGACCUUCUUUACAUCAAUCUCGAGGGGGCUCGCGCACCUACUUUAUUAACCCGGAAGACGUUAAACGUCAGGUUGCAGACCCUUAAAAACCUUGGAUUAUUCAAGGAGGUACCCGGUCGUUUGGAAUUUGUGACGCAACGAGUUGGCAAAACCGCUGAAGAUGUGGAGAGCUUCUUGGAGGAUAUUGUAGAAGAAAGGGGUGAGGGACUCGUGCUCAAGCGAAGCCAAUCUGCAUACAGUCUAGGAGGUCGUGAAGGCAAAUGGUGGGCGAAGGUGAAGCCUGAAUACAUGGACAACAUGGGAGAAACCGUCGAUGUCCUGGUUGUGGCGGCCCACUGGGGGUCAGGUUCCCGAGGUGGACGCGUUUCGACGCUCAUCUGCGCCGUUCGGGACGACUCCCUACCCACGAUACAAGGAAGUGAUCCCCAUGACGAUGACGAGAAAUCCUCAACGGUAUACAAAACGUUUGUUCGCAUUGGAUCGGGUCUCUCAUUGGAAGAUUAUGAAUGGAUCAAUAUGAAACCCUGGAAGCCGUUUAAUAAGUACAAGCCUCCGUAUUGGCUACGUGUGUCGCCUGAGUCUGGGACUGAGGACAAAGGUGACGUGUUCCUGGAGCCCGAGGAGUCGUUCAUCAUUACUGUCAAGGCGGCAUCCAUCAGUCCAUCAGACCAGUAUGCCGCAGGAAUGACGAUGCGUUUUCCAAGAUGUCAAAAUAUUCGACAUGAUUUUAGCUUGGAGAAUUGCAUGUCGAUUUCAGGCAAGUUGCUAUUUCCGGUUCUCACUCCUCGCCCUUCACUCCCCAUCUCACGAUGGCCCUUUUCGAAGAGAAGAAAAGGUGUGAAGAAGAAGGUGGGAUUACCUUCGCAUAAAGGCCAGGAUUUAUCGGGUGUUGAAUCGAGGAGUGAGUUAUUUGAGGGGAGGAAAUUCCAUGUUAUUAUGGCUAGUGGGCCAAAGCAGAAGUACCCCAAGGCAGAAGUUGAACGAAUGAUUAAAGAGCAUGGGGGUAGCAUUCAUCAAUCCUACAGUAAAGUCGAGGGUGUUACCAUCAUUUACGGUGGUACCGUUAAGAGCAAGUACUCAUUUUCAUCUAUCAUUAAAAACGACAUAUAUGAUAUUAUUAAGCCGGAGUGGAUCGUGGAUUGUAUUGAAGGGAACAGCAUCGUUGCGCUAGGGAGACAGUAUUAUUUUCAUGUUACUGAGGAGACUCAGGUGAGCGCGGAGUAUCGUGGUGGCGAAGUUGAAGGCGAGGUGCAUGAAGAUGUGGACGAUGUGCCGUCAACUUCCAGGCGACCCAUGGUUCCAGCCGGGGAAUUAAACGAAGGGGCAAAGAAGGGCAAUAAUGAUAAGGAGAAGGGGAAGAAGCCGAAGGAGACUGACGAGUUAGGAUCGAGUACGGAAAAGUUUAGAGAGAGGGAGAGUGACACGGAGUCAGAAGGGGGACUCACGGAGGGGGAGGAGAUUGACUUGGAUGAGGUGAGGAGUGUGGGGAGGGAGGAUGUGGAUGAUUUCGUAAAAGAGGACAUUACGAUGGGUGAAUCCGAUGAUGCCAUGGAGUAUGAUACUGAGAAGAUAUUUAAACAUUUACAUUUCUAUAUCGAUACGCAAGAGAAUGCUCGCUCUAACGGGCUUAGCGUCGAGAAUUCUGGCGGAUCAGACGAUCAGGAGCUCAUCAAUUCAGAAUUAGAGGAAGUGGAGAGGAAUAUCGAGGAAAAUGGAGGUCAAGUGACGAGCGAACUCAGUCAUCCCAAGUUGACACAUAUCAUUUUGCACAAGCGAGAUCUGAGCCGAAGGAGAGAGCUCGAGACGAAGACAAGAGAACCAAAGCGGCGCAAUCUUGUCGUUCACACGUGGAUUGCAUGCUGCCUUGAUGAUCAGUCAUUGCUUAAUGAGGCAUUUUUUACGCCGUAA